UACAGCCAGAGGAAGAGAGCGCAGACAUGGGGACAUUGUGGCUGUGAGAGAGUGGAGCAGAGAAUAUGAGCAGAGGUGCCUGGACUAAGGUCUCAGAUAGACAACCCUUCUUACUGGUCCCCCAGAAUGCUUGGGAGUUGAGGGCAGGCUGGCUCACAAACUGUUCCGUGACCUCUUCGCCAACUACACAAGUGCCCUGAGACCUGUGGCAGACACAGACCAAGCUCUGAACGUGACCCUGGAGGUGACACUGUCCCAGAUCAUCGACAUGGAUGAGCGGAACCAGGUGCUGACUCUGUACCUGUGGAUCCGACAGGAAUGGACAGAUGCUUACCUACGAUGGGAUCCCGAUGCCUAUGGUGGCCUGGAUGCCAUCCGCAUCCCCAGCAGUCUUGUGUGGCGGCCAGACAUCGUUCUCUAUAACAAGGCUGACGCUCAACCACCGGCCUCAGCCAGCACCAAUGUGGUCCUGCGGAACGACGGCUCAGUGCGCUGGGACGCACCCGCCAUCACGCGCAGCUCCUGCCGCGUGGAUGUGUCAGCCUUCCCAUUUGAUGCUCAGCGCUGCAGCCUGACAUUUGGCUCCUGGACACAUGGCGGGCAUCAGCUGGACGUCCGUUCUCAAGGAGCCGCCGCCAGCCUAGCAGACUUUGUGGAGAACGUGGAGUGGCGUGUGCUGGGCAUGCCUGCGCGGAGGCGCGUGCUCACCUAUGGCUGCUGCUCCGAGCCCUACCCAGACGUGACCUUCACGCUGCUGCUGCGUCGCCGAGCUGCAGCCUACGUGUGCAACCUGCUGCUGCCCUGCGUGCUCAUCUCACUGCUAGCACCACUCGCCUUCCACCUGCCCGCCGACUCAGGCGAGAAGGUGUCACUGGGCGUCACCGUGCUGCUGGCGCUCACCGUCUUCCAGCUGCUCCUGGCCGAGAGCAUGCCGCCCGCAGAGAGUGUGCCGCUCAUAGGGAAGUACUACAUGGCCACCAUGACCAUGGUCACCUUUUCCACGGCGCUCACUAUUCUUAUCAUGAACCUGCAUUACUGUGGUCCCAGUGCCCGCCCAGUGCCAGCCUGGGCCCGGGCCCUCCUGCUGGGAUAUCUGGCACGGGGCCUGUGUGUACGGGAACGCGGGGAACCCUGUGGGUGGUCUAGGCCACAUGAGCCACCCCCCAACCUCCAGCCUUCUGAGGCAGGGACUGGUCCCCCAGCAAGCCCUUGCCAUGACCCUCAGUGUCUGUGCCAUCAGGAAGCUCUACUCCAUCACGUAGCCACCAUUGCCAGUACCUUCCACAGCCACCGGGCAGCGCAGCGCCGCCAUGAGGACUGGAAGCGCCUGGCCCGUGUGAUGGACCGCUUUUUCCUGGGCAUCUUCUUCUCCAUGGCCCUAGUCAUGAGCCUCCUGGUGCUAGUGCAGGCCCUUUGAGUCCCAGGGGUCUGCUGAAGCCACAGCACCUCCAGACAGGGAUGGAAAGGUCAGGUAGUUGUUGGCCCUCAGCUAGGCCACCCAUUUCUCCCCACUGUACCUAAGAGCUAGAGCCACCUUCUGUUCAGGAUCAGUGCUGGCUGCUGACUUCACAACCCACAAGGGGAUACUUGCUGUCUAUGUACCCUAACUUCUAAGGCAAAUCUGAAGCUUGCCACUCCCUUAAUCCCUAAAGGGGAAGAAUGCUCAUAAGGGUCAAGAUCAAAGCCCUGGAGGUAGACGUGAACUUGAAUGCUAAGUGUUAGAGCUUGCCGUGGAGAGAGACCUGCUGCAUUUCAGUCUUCUCGUCUUUCCUCAGAGGCUGCUAUUACAGGCACUUGGUCUUGCCUGUCCCCUAGGGGCUCAAAGAAGGGGAUUCAUGGUCUAGUUUCCAGAGUUCCACAGAGAUUUGGCCCAACUCAGUAAAAUCCCAACUCAAUAAAGUGUGUGAUUAGCACCUCUUUGGUGUCCUGU